GCUAGGGUUUUUUAUCCAAGAAGAACGAGGAAAGCUGAAAGAGAAAGAAAGAGGAAAUGGCGUCGUUGGGAUCACUAAAAUCUGCAAUUUUUGAAAAAGAAGAGAGAAAAAUGCAGUAUCAGUCUCAUAUUAGAGGCCUCAAUGCUUACGAUCGCCAUAAGAAGUUCAUGAAGGAUUAUAUUGAAUUUUAUGGAAAGGACAAGAGCAAACAUGAUGUUUUACCCAUCAAAACUGAUAAAGACACAAUAAGGGAGGGAUACAGGUUCAUUCUUUCCGAAGAAGAUGAUAUGGAUUCAACUUGGGAGAAAAGGCUAGUGAAGCGUUACUAUGACAAACUUUUUAAGGAAUAUUGUAUCGCUGAUAUGUCACAGUACAAGAAAGGAAAGAUCGGUUUAAGAUGGAGAACAGAAAAAGAAGUCAUAUCUGGAAAAGGGCAGUUUGUUUGCGGCAACAAAGAAUGCAAUGAGAGAGGGGGUCUAGGAAGCUAUGAGGUAAAUUUUGCUUACUUUGAAGCAGGAGAAAAUAAACAGGCUCUUGUCAAGUUAGUUGCUUGCAAGAGAUGUGCAGAAAAACUUGUAUAUAAAAGGCAAAAAGCGAAGGAGCUAUUGGAAAGGAAAGAAAAGGAUAAACAAAAAAGAAAAAGAGAAAGAGAAUCAAGUGAUGAUGAUACCACUGAUGAUGAUUAUGAUAGUAGUCACAGUACUGGUAAACGAAGGAAAGGCCGGAAGACUUCCUCGUCAGCAAGUGGUGCAAAGAAUGAUGAUGAUGAAAAUUUCGAGGAGUAUCUGGAGGGCAUGUUUCCAUGAUAACUCUAAUGUAUUUGGUUAAUAACAUCUAACUACAGCAAUCACCUACGCAGUUCUUUGCUUCUUGUGCAGCUGUAUAUAAUACCUGAAACAAAAGAUCUAAAGCUGGGCGUUUCUCUGUUUGUGGUUAUAUAACAUGUAAGAGGUGGAUGAUGCUCUAUUUCAUCACAUGCUACCACUUUGAUAUUGUUCAUUUAAGUUAAGCUACUUAUUGGUUGCAUAAUCUAGUGUAUUUGCUAAAUCAUAUUUCA